AAUUAAUAUCAUCAAAUCAUAUGGAUGUUGAGAAACCCCAAAAGUAUCUUUCAUUGAAGCCUGGGCGCACCAACAUCCUGGGCAUUUUUCGUGUUCUAUCAUCCCAUGAUUACACAGAAGAAUGCAGAGAUUUCAUAGAGUCGGCGGAGGUGAAGGAAGAAGAAAUGGUUGAGCAUAGAGUGGUUGUUUUUGCGUCAGUCUUGGCUCAGAAACUGAUUCAAUAUAUCGCUAAGCCCCUCUCCUUGCUGGGCUCAGGAUUGGAGAUGUGCUUCAACAUUCUAUGUAAUAAUACUAAUUUCAACGUCUUCUUCCACAACUUGCUCAGAGGGAAGGUGGUGGUGCCGAGUGAAAAAUCUGCUAGUUUUGUAUCAAUGAUUGGUAUUAUGGAUAAGAGGGUGGAUUUGGACAACAACAUUGAAAGAGGAACUAACAAAUACUUUGCAUCUCUCUGUGCAAUCGCAUCAAAAUUAGCCUACGAAAAUGACCAUUACAUCCAAACCAUAGUUGAAAAUACAUGGAAGAUGGAGUUCUUGGGCGCAUUUAGCUUUUGGGAUGACAGAUAUGAAGCAGAUACAACACAAGCUUUCUUGUUCCGGGACUGCAGCACCACUCCUGACACCAUCGUGGUAGCCUUCCGAGGCACCGAACCAUUCAACGCUAACGAUUGGAUUACCGACUGCGACAUAUCAUGGUGCAAGCUGCCCAACAUCAAAGGCCGAGUCCACUGCGGCUUCGUCAGAGCCCUCGGCCUCAUGCACCACGAUGACGACGCACGUCAACAUGCUUACGCCGCCAUCACGCAAUUGCUGCGCGGCCAUCUCAAGGCCGUAAAAUUGAUCGUGACGGGGCACAGCCUAGGCGGGGCGCUAGCCAUUCUCUUCGCUGCGGCCCUAGUGAUGCACGACGAGGCUGGGGUGCUGGAGAGGUUAGAAGCUGUGUACACGUUUGGGCAGCCGAGAGUGGGAGAUGCAAGAUUUGGGAAGUUUAUGGAGGAGCGAUUUAAGGAUUGGGGAGUUGAGUAUUACAGAUUUGUGUACAGUUACGAUAUUGUGCCGAGGCUCCCAUUCGACACGAAGGCCCUCAUGUUUAAGCAUUUUGGGACAUGCAUCUACGUCGAUACCCUCUACCAGGCAAAGAUUGUAGAAGAAGAACCACUGAAGAACUACUUCGACUGUGGGUCGAUGGUUUCAAAGAGAGUAGAUGCAAUGUGGGAGGUGGUAAGAAGCUUUCUUCUACCUCGCAUGUUCGGACCAUAUUAUAAGGAAGGGUUUGUGUUGUUAAUGAUUCGAAUGAGCGGCCUCCUAUUCCCUGGUUUACCUGAUCAUGGACUUCAAGAUUACAUCAACGCUACUCGAUUGGCACUUUAUUGAUCCUUCAUAAUCAUACUUUGUAUACACAACUUUCAACAUUUUUUAAAAAAAUGUCCACAACUAUUACAUAUUUUCCACUUUAAAAACUCUGAACUUUGGGAGAAAAAAAUAAUUAUUGUUCCACCUU